AUGGUCUUGAAGCUACGCCUCGCUCGCGUGUCAACGCCUACAGGCGCGAAACGACAUCAACCCUUCUACAACAUCGUCCUUAUGAAUUCCCGCACAGCACGCGACGCAAAACCAAUGGAAGUCUUGGGAACAUACGAUCCUAUUCCGAAGCUACCAGUCGGAGCAGACCCGGGCGACCGAAGACAAAAGGACAUCAAGAUCGAUGUUAGCAGAGCGAAAUAUUGGUUGGGGGUUGGGGCGCAGCCGAGUGACACCGUCUGGAGGUUACUUGCGAUGGUGAGUUGGACUUCAGACAGCGUGAUGCAAGGGACGAUGGAUAUUGAUUGAGGAAACAGAUUGGACUCUUAGAACCGCGAUAUCUGCCUCAUGGACCUCAGACUCUAAAGGCAGUGCGCUUUCCGACACAUGUGCCCAAGUCUGAGAAGCUGGGACAAUCCGAUACGGAAGCUCACAAGGGCGGGAUCAUGGAGCGGAUCAACUCUGAGAUACAGGCUGGGAGAUCACAGGACGGCGCGAACGCAGGGACUACGUCGCCAUCAGAUCCGAAUGCUGCAUGA